AUUGACAUAGACAAUCUUGAAGAAGAGGAAGAAAACAGAUACUCAGAUCCGUUUUCUUGACCGAAAACAUGAAGUUUAUGAAACUUGGAUCCAAGCCUGAUGCAUUUCAGACGGAUGGGGACAAAAUUAGGUAUGUAGCGACCGAGUUGGCCACUGACAUUGCUGUCAAUGUCGGAGACGUGAAGUUUUAUCUGCACAAGUUUCCGCUUCUGUCGAAAAGCGCUCGGUUGCAAAAAUUAGUCGCUCUGUCGAAUGAAGAGAAUAGUGAUGAAAUCCAUAUCCUGGAUAUACCUGGGGGAGCGGCUGCUUUUGAAAUUUGUGCAAAGUUCUGUUAUGGUAUGAUUGUCACACUCAAUGCAUACAAUGUCAUCGCUGCUAGAUGUGCAGCCGAGUAUCUCGAGAUGUAUGAAACCAUUGAGAAAGGGAAUCUCAUCUACAAGAUUGAGGUCUUUCUCAACUCGAGUAUUUUUAGAAGCUGGAAGGACUCGAUAAUCGUUCUUCAGACAACUAAGUCUCUUCUUCCAUGGUCUGAGGAACUUAAGGUGGUCAGUCACUGCCUUGAUUCCAUAGCUACCAAGUGUUGCAUCGAUACUUCGAAGGUUGAAUGGUCGUACACUUAUAACAGGAAGAAGCUUCCAUCUGAAAAUGGUGACGAUUCUCAUUGGAAUGGUGUGAGAACGCAGAAAGUUGUUCCGAAGGACUGGUGGGUUGAAGAUCUCUGUGAGCUUCAAGUUGACUUAUACAAACGUGUAAUAUCGACGAUUAAGACGAGGGGUAGAAUCAGUGGUGAUGUUCUUGGUGAAGCUUUGAAAGCGUAUGCGUCGAGGAGAUUACCUGGAUUUUCUAAAGGUAUGGUCCAGGGUGGUGAUAUUGCUAAAAAUAGACUACUGGUGGACACAAUAGUGCAGCUACUUCCAUCAGGGAAGGGGGAAGUCUCCUGUCACUUCUUUCUUAAGUUGUUAAAAGCAGUAAUUCUGCUAGAUUGUGGAGAGAUGGGAAGAAUUGAACUGAUGAAAAGAAUUGGUCAGCAGCUUGAUGAGGCCACCGUGGCUGAUCUUUUAGUUCGAGCUCCUGCCGGUGAGACGACUAUUUACGACGUUGACAUGGUACAAAGCCUUGUCGAGGAGUUUGUGACGCAGGUGCAGGACGUCCACACUGAUCUUCACAUGGAAAAUGAAUAUCAUGAGAUUAGAAGUCCCAAGUUUGUUUCUGAUGCUUCCAAGUUGAUGGUUGCAAAGCUGGUAGAUGGCUAUCUUGCUGAAGUUGCUCGUGAUCCUAACUUACCCAUCUCGAAAUUUAUACGCCUUGCUGAAUCAGUAUCGAGCUUUUCCAGACCAUCUCACGAUGGAUUAUACCGAGCCAUUGAUAUGUACCUGAAGGAACACCCUGGAAUCAGCAAGAGCGAGCGUAAGAAAAUUUGUCGAUUAAUGGACUGUAGAAAAUUGUCGCCUGAUGCGUGUUUGCAUGCAGUGCAAAACGAGCGACUUCCAUUGCGUGUCGUUGUUCAGGUUCUGUUCUUUGAACAAAUGCGAGCCUCGGCAGCAUCAGCUGGUGACAGUACGCCUGAUCUACCGAGUUCUAUUAGGGCCUUAUUACCAGGAGGGGGAUCUCAUGGAAGCUCAAGAUCAACUACAACGAACGCAGAGGACGACUGGGAUGCCAUACCAACUAUUGAUGAAAUCAGAGCUUUAAAAGGCGAACUUGCUGCUCUAAAGCUAGGAAAUGGUGACGUGACUAAAAACAACGCUGAAAAGGUUUCGGGAAAUAAAAUGAAGGGCAUGCUGAUAUCAAAGAAGAUCUUCUCGAAACUUUGGUCGAACAAAGACAGAAACGGAGAGAUCAGUAGCUCGGAGACAUCAGAAAGUCUGGGGUCUUCAAACGCAGAGGAAACCAAAUCGUCGACCCCGUCCAGAAGCCAGAGGCAUUCGAUAUCAUAAUUCAAACAUGCUCUACAAAUGUAGUGAGUGAGUGUUUGUAAAAUGUGUCUCUGUUUUGACAGUUAGAAGAAGUAGAAUCCGCUGACAAAUUCCCACCAUUACAAAGGAGAGCUCGGUCGUAUAUUGUGCAUGUAAAACCUGUUCUUACAGCUGAGCUGAAUUCAUGUAGGAAUUAUUGGUCUGUACGUUUUAUUUUAAUGGGUCAUUGAGUUAUAAUAUUUUUGUUGUACCAUAAAUCA